AUGGCUAAUCUAACUCUCAAAGAGAUGGCUGCACCAACCCUUGACCAACAACCUUUAUGCAUUCGAUACAAUGAUACGGCAGGGGGAGCUUUUGAGCUUAAAUCUGGGAUGAUUCAUCUUGUACCAGUUUUCAAAGGUUUAGCAGGAGAGGAUCCAAAUAAGCAGCUUAAGGAGUUCCAUGUGGUGUGCUCGAGUAUGAAACCAAAUGGAACAAUGGAGGAACAAAUGAAGUUAAGGGUGUUCCCAUUUUCUUUAGCAGAUAGCGCUAAGGAAUGGCUUUAUUACCUACCAUCUGGGGCCAUAACUACUUGGAAUGAGAUGAAGAGGCUUUUCCUGGAAAAGUAUUUUCCAGCAUCUCAAGCCACACUCAUUAGGAAAGAAAUUUGUGGGAUUCGGCAAUACAAUGGGGAAAACUUAUAUGAAUAUUGGGAAAGGUUUAAAAAAUUUUGUGCUAGCUGUCCGUAUCAUCAAAUAAGUGAGCAAUUACUUCUCCAAUAUUUUUAUGAGGGAUUGAUGCCAAUGGAGAGGAGCAUGAUAGAUGCAGCAAGUGGAGGAGUGUUAGUUGAUAAAACUCCUACGGAAGCAAGGAAUUUAAUUACAACCAUGGCGGCAAACUCUCAACAAUUUGAUACUUGAUCUGAUCCACCACCAAGGAAGGUAAAUGAAGUGGGGAUAUCUAAUAAUCUUGAGCAACAAUUGAAUAAUUUGACUGCACUUGUGCAACAAAUUGCAAUUGGACAAGUGAAGACAUGUGGAAUUUGCUCCUGUGUGGGACAUCCUACCGAUAUGUGUCCUACCCUUCAAGAGACAAAUUCGGAACAAGCAAAUGCCAUAGGAGGAUACCAAGGACAACAAAGGCAAAGGUAUGAUCAAUUUUCCAAUACCUAUAAUCCAGGAUGGAAGGAUCACCCCAAUCUUAGCUAUGGAGGAAAUCAACAAGUUGCUGUCACUAAUAAUCCACCCGGUUUACCCACGAGCUCCACAACCAUACCUAGCAAGACCCCAAAAUGUUUCCCAACCUCAAGUGCAAAAAAUUCACCAACCGAUUCUUCCAAUGCAAAACAUCCACCUAAGGAACAAUCUAAAGUUCCUAUUAAUACUUACAAACCUCUUUUGCCUUUUCCUAGUGGGUUUGUCACAUCAAAGAAGGAGGAACAUGAGUAAGAAGUUUUGGACACUUUUAGAAAAGUACAUGUCAACAUUCCUUUGUUGGAUGCAAUAAAGCAAGUGUCGCGUUAUGCUAAAUUUCUUAAAGAAUUGUGCACCAACAAGAGAAAACUUAAGGGAAACGAGGUGGUGAGUGUGGGAGAAAAUGUCUCAGUGGUUUUGCAAGGGAAGCUUCCAACAAAGUGCAAAGAUCUAGGUAGUUUCACCAUACGAUGUAUCAUAGGUAACACAAGGUUUGAGAAAGCAAUGUUAGACUUAAGUGCUUCUAUUAAUGUCAUGCCUUACUCAAUUUAUCUUGAUUUAAAUCUUGGUACUCUUAAAGAGACUGACGUAGUUAUUCAACUCGCUAAUCGAUCUAAUGCUUAUCCAAAGGGAGUUGUGGAAGAUGUUUUGGUGCAGGUAAACGAGCUUGUUUUUCCAGUGGAUUUCUAUGUGCUUGACAUGAAAGAUGAAACAACUGUGAAGACCACGCCAUUGCUUUUGGGGAGACCAUUCAUGAAAACAACCUGUACAAAAAUAGAUGUGCAUAAUGGGACGUUGACAAUGGAGUUUGACGGGGAAGUCAUUCAAUUUAACAUCUUUGACGUAAUGAGGUAUCCUAAUAAUGACAAUGAUUGCUUUUCCAUUGAUGUACUUGACUCUUUAACACAACAAAUGUUCGAGCUUAAGGGUAAAGAUCCAUUGGAAGUGGCAAUAUGGAAUGGGUUGUCAACUGAGGAACCUCAAAGUUUUAAUGAAGACGUAGAGUUGGGAGAAGAGCUAAAUGAAACUAUAACAAUGUUGGAUAAGCUUCCAAAGAAAAAUCCAAGGUAUGAAAUCUCCUAUAUUUCUCUUUCCAUAUCUCAUGAGAAACUUUUACCUUCCAUUGUGCAGGCCCCUAACUUGGAGCUUAAGCCUUUACCAAGUCAUCUCAAGUAUUUAUACUUGGGAGAAGGAGACACAUUGCCCAUGAUUGUAGCGACCAACCUUUCAAAGGUGCAAGAAGAGAAACUUGUUCGUGUGUUGAGAGAGUACAAAACGGCAAUUGGUUGGACGAUUGCUGACAUUAAAGGAAUAAGUCUUUCCAUGUGCAUGCACCGCAUAUUGUUAGAGGAAGGAUCGAAGCCUAUAAGAGAAGCGCAAAGACGGUUGAAUCCACCAAUGAUGGAAGUAGUGAAGAAGGAAAUAAUCAAGUUGUUAGAUGUUGGUGUGAUCUACCCAAUUUCGGACAGUAAAUGGGUUAGUCCGAUCCAAGUAGUUCCUAAGAAAUCCAGCAUAACCGUAGUAACGAAUGAAGAUAAUGACUUAGUUCCCACUCGCAUUCAAACGGGAUGGCGAGUGUGCAUAGACUACCGCAAGCUCAAUGCCACAACAUGUAAAUAUCAUUUUCCUCUUCCAUUUAUCGAUCAAAUGCUUGAACGUUUAGCGGGCCAUUCUCACUAUUGUUUUCUUGAUGGAUUUUUAGGUUAUAGCCAAAUUACGAUUGCGCCGGAAGAUUAA